GUACGAUGUUCGGCGUCGUCGACAUAGUUGGGUCCCUUGUUUAUACACUGUUCAUGGUGAUGGCAGUUCCCCAGGAAAUAACGUGGAACUAUUUCGUGUGUGUCGUUUUGCCCCAAUGGCUUGUGUAUUUGCCCUUCUUCACCGGAGUAUUGCACGGGAAGAUCCCAGAGAGGUGGAUGCGGUCUCUAAGAGGCCUCUUUUUCUAUGCAAAUAACAUACUAGUGAGGCUGUUCCUCUCCCCCUACGCAGUGGGCGUUUCCAACUUUUUCUGUCUCUGUACCAGUGCGGAACAGGCAAUAGUCCUGUUAUUGAAGAGAUUUGUGAAAAGAGACAG